AAGCUUUAACACCACACCUUUUGCUGAAAAAGCAGCUUCCUCAACACUUUUUUCUUCAAAUGAGAAGCCUUUAUAAACGCCAAAACCGUUCUCUCUCUCUCCCAACAAAAACAUCACAAUAAUCCUCACCUUCUCUAUUCAAUCAUUCUUGAUUUUUCCAUUACGAAAAAGAAAAAAAAAAAGAUGCUGGUUUCGAUGAUUGAGUUGAUCAGCGUGGCUGCUUCGAAUUCCCUUGCAGUUUUCUGCUUCUGCAAUGUGAUAAUCGCCAUUCUUGUAGUUGGCAGCUCAAAAACAAGCUCUCAUUCUGAUGAAACGCCUAGCAUUGUUGAUGAUGAUCGCCCAAUGGAAUCGAUUGCGAUGCGUGAGGAGAAAGAAUCGUGUGUGAGCAUAGAUAUGGUUAACAGCCAAGAAGAAGAAGAAGAAGAAGAAGAAGAAGAAGAAGAAGAUGAUGAUGAGGAAGAAGAAGAAGAAGAAGAUGAGUUGAGAAAAAGAGUGGAAGAAUUCAUCGAGAAAACCAACAGACAUUGGGAGGCAGAAAAGAUGAAUAGAUAUUCAUAUUCUGCUACUUUACUCCAAUAACAUAACAUACAUCUAUCACUAUCACUAUAAUUCUUCUUCUAUCUCUGUUUCUGCAUCAACUAAUCGCUGCAUUUUGUAACACAGCCCCUAUUUCUUUUAGUAUAUUCAAAAUUAGUCCACCUUCAAUUUUCAUU